CAGUCAGUUGCUCAGCGUGACUCAUUGCACAGAAAUACUUGGAAAACCCACAAGAGCAAGGCACUUAAGGAAUCAAGGGGAAAGAAAAUUAAAUACAGCUCCCCUACCAAAUACUAAAAUGGGAUUUAAAAAAGCCUUGGUAUUAGUUUGCAAAAAACACUGAAGAUGGUAAGGAUAAGAAGGUUUCUGGAGAGAGCAGUAGUGAGUCUUUGGUACGAGGGCCACCCUCAUUACUGUUUACACACCUUUCUCGGGGCAGUGGAGGAUUGGGAGGCCCUGAGGGAAUCCUCAGAGGCCUGCUCAGCCUUCUUGCCUGGACGAAGGGGGUGGGACUCCUGACUACCACACGGGAAGUCAAAGUCAAUUUGAAUCUUCGGUUACCCUGAAAAGUGUAGGUUAUAAAAGGGCUUGGUGCAAAGUAAAAAUAAGACAGCAGUAGAGCAUGUCUUUAGAUGAAGUACAGCUGUGGAUUUUAAAAAGAGCCAGAGUCACCAAAAUAAGACAACUCUGGGCUUCUAGGAGUCUGGGUAUUCUGGAAUCCUGGACUUCUCAAAGAAAUGUAUACAAAGACUAUCGCUUCCUUGAGCUGGCGUGCGACUCGCAGGAGGAUGUAGACAGCUGGAAGGCGUCUCUACUAAGAGCUGGGGUCUAUCCCGACAAAUCUUUAACUGAGAGUGAGGAGAAUGGACAAGCAGAAAACUUUUCCAUGGACCCACAGCUGGAGAGACAAGUGGAGACCAUUCGCAACCUCGUAGACUCCUACAUGUCUAUUAUCAACAAAUGUAUCCGUGACCUAAUUCCCAAAACCAUCAUGCACCUCAUGAUCAAUAACGUUAAAGAUUUCAUCAAUUCAGAGCUCCUAGCACAGUUAUAUUCUUCAGAGGACCAAAACACCCUGAUGGAAGAGUCUGCUGAGCAGGCCCAGCGCCGGGAUGAGAUGCUGCGAAUGUACCAGGCGCUGAAAGAAGCGCUAGUGAUCAUUGGUGACGUCAGCACUGCCACCGUGUCCACCCCUGCGCCGCCUCCAGUGGACGACUCCUGGAUACAGCACUCUCGCAGGUCACCCCCUCCAAGCCCUACAACCCAAAGGAGGCCAACACUAAGUGCUCCCCCCACGAGGCCCACAUCCAGCCGAGGACCAGCUCCUGCCAUUCCCUCUCCAGGCCCACACGCUGGGGCCCCCCCAGUCCCAUUCCGUCCAGGCCCAUUACCUCCUUUUCCCAACAGCGCUGACUCAUUUGGAGCCCCCCCGCAAGUCCCAUCUCGGCCCACGAGGGCCCCUCCCAGUGUUCCAAGCCGGAGACCACCCCCAUCACCAACUCGUCCCACUAUAAUCCGUUCACUAGAAUCCUCCCUGUUAGACUAAACGAAGUGUCUGACGUGGCGAUUAAUUACUAACGAAUUACGCGAAAGCAACCCAUUUGAUAACCGUUGCAGUAACUCAUGAGUAGCCUCGUGUAUGGACAUCAGUAGGCAAGUAACCGGUCUCACUAACGCCCUCAUCGCUCGUUCUUCUUUGCUCCUAAUGUCAGACCUUUGAGGUUUGACUCCUGCAAUCUGCUGACCCCGGAGGCUAUCGAUGUGCUAUUGACCACGGUGGGUUUGUGGAGCAGCCCUGGACUUCGGGGGCCAGUUGCCGAGCCCUGCAUAUAUUUGAAAUUGCUUUGGUCAGGUAACUCAUUCAGCAUCAUCCUUCAGUGACAUGCGACGGUGGGCUUAGACUAAGCCGUACAUAUUUCUUUUCUCAACAUUCUGUUUAGGUCAACAGAAGUUCUGUUGUCUGUUACUGAUGCUGCUGCUGUCUCCAUGGUUGCAUAUUUCCAUCCUCUUGCCUUCCUCCUUAUUUCACAGGACUGCUAGGAAAUGAUUUUUUUUUAAAUUACAAUUCUGUAAGAAUAAAACUUUUCCAGAAGCAGAAGGUAGCUUGCAAAGGAAAAGCAACGCAUUGCUUGCUGGCAAGGGCCUCUCCUCAUACCAGUGUGUUUUGCUUCAUGCUAGAAGCUCAUCCAGGAGUGAAUCAGCGCUUGUUUUUCAGUAGUCAGUCAACAGACUGGGCAAGUUAAUUUCAGAGUUCCAGGAAGAAGCAAAGUAUCACAUUUCUAGAAGUGUCUGGGGAAAUGUAAUUUCUUUACUCACUUAUAGAUUCACCUCCUCACAGGUCGCAGUGACCGCCAACAUGAAAAAUAUUUAAAUAUUUCAUAUUGAUAUAAUUUGCUGGCAUGGUUACCUAUACUUGGACACCAACUCCUUUAUUUAAUUAUUUGUUAGUUUUGGUUGGAACAAAAAUAAGACUCUUUUUCCUUGCUAAUUUGUAAUUCCUUCAUGUAAGAAUUUAUCCUAGGCUUAAUGUAACUAUCCACAAUCGGCUUUCUUAAUAAAUCUUGAGCCUUACUAUGGGAUGACCAUGUUUUAAAGAAUGGAACCAGGAAUGGAAAGGAAAGUGAGUCAGUAAUACAUGCCGUGCUUUUUCAGUUGAACAACUUCAGGUUCUCUAUCCAGGUCACUCCGGAAGAAGGUAUUGAGGCACUGAGAUCUAAAGUAAAUCAGCAAUUUCUGAAAUUUACAAGGGCAAGUUAGCCUAGGGGUUAAUAGUUCUGCCUCGAGGCUGAGUUUUUGGGCUACCAAGACCAGACGACUAGCCUGUGGGAAACAGCCAGAAGCCAACUGGAAUUUUGUCUGCUAACUGUUCCCAGACAGCAGACCAAGCAUUCACUGGGCAGUGGCGUCCCAGGACACUACUUCAUAUUCUACAGGAGUAAAUUACGUUUCGCCAACUGAAAUGUCUCCCUUUGAAAGCAGCAAGCAUGAUUUGUAUGUUAACGUAACUUUAAUUUCCUGUGUAGAUUAUACCCAAAGCAGACACCCGUAAAGUAUGAAGUAAAAAACAAAAAAAACCUCUUAACCAUUAUUAAAAAGAGAACUUGCCAAGUGUGUGGCAUUGUAUUGAAAGGGUUACAACUAGCCCAUUUAUAACAAGCAAAAAAUUGGAAAAUACAUGCUAUAGAAAAAGGGCAUUUCACCUUUUUAAGUCACAAGCGAUCAUAUAAAGCACAUCACCACUACGAGUCCUCUCAUGCCUUCUUUUUUCUCACUGGAAAAAAAAUUAAAUCUGUGAAUGGAACAGACAUGUAAAUACAUACUCUAUUUUUAAAAUAGUGUCUCAGCUAAAUGGAAAAAUCUUAAGUAAACCUCCACAGUAAAAAAGAAUAAUCUGCAGUGAGAUCUUUUCAUAAAAUUCCUUCUUUUUAGGAUUCCCUUUGCUUCUUCCUUUGAGUUCUCUAAAACAAACAGCUAACAGAUUAUAAACUUCAGGAUUUGGCCUUCUGCUAAAUGCGGUUUUGCAUUUUGCUGUAUUUCAAAAAUUUCCUUCUGUUAAAGGAAAAUACUGUGGAUAACCACUGGUGUGUUGUAAGAUCAGCAUAAACCAUGUCAAAGAAAGUUGGGCAUUUUUUUCCACGUUUCUUUUCACUGAUCUUACGCAGUCGUAAACAAUCGCGUUUGUCAUCUUUGGCUUUUAUGCUUAAAUUAUAGUCCAGCCAUUGCCCUGUUGCAACUGUCGCCCUUUGGGGUUCAUUGUUGCUCUUUUCUGCUUCUAAAUUAUUUCUCAUAGAACCCAGUCUCCUUGGAAUCUCAGCAGGCGUGUUGGAGACCAUUUCCAGCUUGCUGCAGCACUACAUUGCUCUAUCAGUAUGAAUCCCAUUUCUCAGAGUUUGUAUUCUGCUGAAGGGAGAUGCCAGGGCGCCCGAAGCUCUCAGCUCUGUAGUCUGAGGUACAGCCCGCACCUCAGAGGGCACGUACCUGUGGAGCUUCCUCAGUGUUCCCCACACCACUUCUCUUCUUCUGUGACUUCUCCCAACUGACUGCUCUGAUAUUGUCUGCAUAGUAGACGUAGCUCCAUCGUGUCUAGUCUAAUAAAAUAAAACAUUGUGUUUUAGGACUUGGAAAAAAUAAACUGUGUAUGUUUGUUUGAUAGGUAACUCUAGCUUUAUUGUCACAUGUUAAACCUUGCAUGCAUAUUGACUAACUGGAAUAACCACUUACUCAAUUGUGGACAGAUGAUUGAAAUAGUAUUGAUUUAGAACAGGUAUAUUGCAUUUCCAAAAAUCAUCUACCAAGACUACUCUUCUGAAUAUUGCAUUUAGCUGUGUUUUGUAUCAUAGAAGAGCAGUAGGAUCUGUUUAUUAGCAAAUCUCCUACUUGUUCAGAUGCAAACUCAUUCUAUUCCCAAUUAUAACAAAACCAGUUCCUGUGAUACAACUAUAAGCCUGCUGAACUUAAAGGAGUCAUAUAGGCUAAUUUUAUGACGUUUUAGUAUAGACUGUAGCCAUAAUUCUCAAAUAUGAAAAGGGACCUAAUACCAGUAUGUGAUAAAUGUUCAUUUUUUUCUGUGUACGAACAUAUUUCCUAUGCAUGUGUCUCUGUGUAUACACUAUAUACAUAGUAAACUUUGUUUCUGUAAGUACAUGUAUUUUGUGCACCUUUGAGUGAAAAAAAAAAAUGAGUAGGUAGGUUUAAAAGCUCUUGUUAAAAUGUCACAAGCAUGAGUGUGAUUGUGUGUGCAUUUUGUAUAAUGUACAUGUAUGGGGGUGUAAAUAUCUAUGUAUACAUGUCCUUAGUCCAUGUGUGUAUGAAUAUAUUUUCUAAACUGUGCUAAUACAAGAGGUAGCUUUGGGAGAUAUGCCGUAAUACGUGAUAACGGCGAUUCACUUCUCAUGGCAUACAGGAGGUACACAGUUUUCCAGCUCCAGAUUGUAUGCGUUCUGAGAGGUACAAACCUCAGAACCACCAAGAUGACAUGGUGAGUAACAUCCGCAGGCACGUGCAUGGAAUUCACAGCACUGUUAUCUAAGAAGGAAUUACCUUUGCCAAUGCAGUUUGAUAAAAGAAAGUGUGAAAUCUGGAAACCUACAUUUUAAGAUCUGUAAUUAGAAUUCUAAAUGAGGGGGGGUUGUUGGUCUACAUAGUCAUUGUCUUUCUGUGGCAAACAUCAAAAGAGAAAGUAGAUGGAUACAACAGUGUAAUAAAAUGAGUGGAUUUUUCUAAACAAAUUUCUAAAAUUCCAGGGCGAAGGUACUUAAUACCUUGGAGGUAGGUCAUCCACUUUUUCCAAUGAAUAUUUUUCAUUUGGCAAAUGGUAUGUUUUGAAAUUGAUGGGAAUCUCCUUAGCACUGAGAAUAAAGACUAAAUAGUAGAUGUCUCAGCUGUGGAACUCGAUGGAAGAAGACAGCGUAUGAGACUCAAGCCAUGGCUUGGUAUCAUUGCACCUGGUGGACUUGCUAGCUGUGAGCUCAGAAUGUAACAAUGCGAAUGACACUAGAUGAUUUUAGAGAAACAACUAUUAAUUAGUUCACCAGAUCACUCAACCCUUUCCAAAAGGCUCAAAUGUGUCUUCUAGGUAAUCUUAAUUAUCCUGUCUAUUUGGUAUGUUUAAAAUUAUGCGGUGCUCUGUAUUGUAAAACUUUAAGAUGACUUUGAUGCCUUGUAAUAUAUGCCUGGCUAUUUGUGUGUGUGUAAAUAUACGUAAGAGUGUGUGUAUAUCAGAGCGUGUGCGUGUGUGAGAGCAAGAGAGAGGAAACUCAAGAAAGAGUCUCCUGUUUGUCUUAAGACCUGUUCAUACUGGUAUACUGGUGAGACUCCUCUCUGGUCUGGAGUUUCACACAUGGCUCAGCUCAAGGCGUUAGUUUCUUUGUUAAUUUUUACCCUUUAACUCCUUAAACUGUGCUAAUUAUUUAAUGUUCUAAAAAUUAUGGUAAAAAAAUUACUCUGUCUAA